AUGGCCGCUCAACGACAGGCAGUUCAGCUCAAGGAGGAGGGCAAUGCGCUGUUCAAGGCCAAGCAAUACGAAGCGUCUAUUGCCAAAUUCACCGAUGCCAUUCAGUUGGAUAAUCGGAAUCCUGUAUUCUACGGCAAUCGAGCAGCUAGCUUUUUCUUCCUGCGGAGAUUCCACGAAGUCUUGAGUGACUGCCGUGCAGCUCUCAAUCUGGACUCGAGAUACACGAAAGCAUGGCUGAGAAAAGGCGACGCCCAUGACGCCCUGACGCAAUACGCCGACAGCAUCGAAUCAUACUCUCAAGCCCUCUCCCUCACGCCUUCUUACGAAUCCGAACACGACGACCUCAAAAGACGUAUCGAACACGUCAAAUCGAAAAUCCUACAUCCAUCCUCCGUAGGACUUGACACGCUCUCUACAAUUGCCCGCCUCCACUCUAUCCAAAUCCCUAACCUCCAAGCCGUGCAGACGCCUUCCCAAAUCGACGAACUUAGACGAGCCCUCUUCCGCCACCCAAAAUGGUCUUUCCCUUCUGCCUCCUCACACAAACCUCACCCAGCGCGCAUACGCUUCCUCCUCGUACCAUCUGACGACCGCAUCCCUGUCGCGCCGCGCUCCAACAUCGAACUAGGCACCGAGGAAGAGCCAGCGAAGAACUACGACCGCGAGAUCCGCAGGCUUCUGGGCGGCUGCGCUCGGUACACCAGGGAGAUCAUCCUCUCUGAAGAUUGGGAGUCCUACUCCCCUCAACGACCAUUCGGUGUCGGCCUCGGACGAUUCCACUCCAUUUACGAGAUUUACUACGGGCUACCUACCUCAGAUAGUCCCUUGCCUUCCCUCAACAGACGCGCAUGUAGCCUACUAUCCCGAAACGACAUUUACGGCCCAGCUCUGAUUGUCAAGGGGGUUUAUGUCAAGACGGAUAGGAGGCUACUUGAUUUGACGUUCGCGUCUUCGCAGUCUGCCUCCGCUCGGCCUAAGAUCCAAGUGUCGCCGUGCACACUCGGGAACGCGCUUUUGGGUAUGACUAUGUGGCGGUAG